CCCCCAUCUUUUUUUUAUAAUUUUUUUUAGUAUUGAUUAUAAUGGCUACUCAGUUAAUUCCAGCUCGCCACAACAAUAAAUGGUUAGCGGUGCUAUUGAUGAAGUGGAUGGGUUAUUCUUCUUUUGCAGCAGCCAUUGUCAGCAUGCUCAUCUAUUGUUAUAAGAAGCAUACAGCCAUUACAGAAGAUAAAAAGACAUUAUUAAAGAAGAAACCCUUAGAGAUUAGCAUCCGAUCUACUAGCAGUUUAGCUAACCUGCAUGCAUCGAGACAGCUCUUGACUCCUCCACCUUCCCCACAGCCUACUUAUUCCACUGCUGCUGUUGCUGCAAACAAAAGCUGGAGCACACGCUUGAUUGAUGGUGUCAUUUCGGCCACUCGUAAGCGAAAGAGAAUGACCAUUUCCCUGAAAAACACUGUCUUGUGGAAUCCCAGCAGUGAUGUCAACACACCUAACCACGCGUUCCAUGAGAACACAGUGCCAUUAUUAAAUAGACUUGCUCAGAUUCAUGAUAUAUACGUCAUAAUCCACAUGAACUCGGAUAAAGAGCGUCAUCAAAUCACUCAACUCCUGAACAAUAAUCCCAAUUUAUUAUUAGAUUCCAGAAAGAUUCUUCAUUGUUCUUCAGAACAAGGAAAACUACACUUGAUUCGUCAUUUACAACCCCACAUUCAUGUUGAAGGAGGCACAGAGUCCGAUGACGGCAGUUUCAUUAUCAAUCAAUUAGACAACGUUGAACAAAAGAUCUGGAUAAAGAAAAAUACACCGCUUAUGGGCAAUGACCAGCUCCAAUUGGCCGAUAGUAUCCUCAAAACCUGGAUUGCUCUGUAAAUUCUUUUUACUUUUUAUAUAUACCCACACACUUAUUAAAUAAAAAAAAUCUUGCCUAAUCUUA